AGUAUGUGUUUGCAAUUUAUCAAUGCAUUACUAUCUGAAACAGAAGAUUUUGACUUCCGAAUGCACUUACGAAAUGAAAUUGUUAGAAACGGACUUUAUGAAAAAUUGCAAGACCUCAAAAAAGAAACAAACCCUGUGAUAAAAACUCAAUUUAAUGUUUUCGAAAACCGCCGGGAAGAUGACGCCGAAGAAUGGCAUGAACGUUUCGAUAAAGUUAGACUGGAUAUGGAUGAUAUACAAGACUGUUACGAAGUUUUGAAGAAUAUGACUCUUGAAACUCCAUGCGAGCCAUAUUUUCUUAGCAUAUUACAACAUCUUUUAUUUAUUAGAGACGAUGUCAAUACCAAAUCAGCCUAUUUCAAAUUGAUAGAGGAGGUGGUAUCACAGAUAGUCUUACAUAAAUCAGGAUUAGACCCUGAUUUUAAGAAAAAUCAUAUAGAUAUUGAUCUCCAACCUCUUCUGGAUGAGCUCAAAGAUAAACCAACGUUAGUGGAGAGCGCUGAAGUAGACAGUCUCAAAAAACAAUUAGAAGAAGCUUUGGCUGCAAAAACAGAAGCAGAGGCUAAACUGGAGCUGCUUCAGGGACGAGCCGGAGCACCAGAAAAUUCAGGAAAACUAGACCCAGCACUCGUCAGUAAAGUCAACAUACCGCCUCCUCCACCACCACCAGGUAUGGGCGGGCCACCACCUCCUCCUAUGCCUGGCAUGGGGGGCCCACCUCCUCCACCAAUGCCAGGAAUGGCGGGUCCUCCGCCUCCGCCAAUGCCAGGUAUGGGUGGUCCUCCUCCUCCUCCAAUGCCGGGGAUGGGGGGACCACCUCCCCCUCCAUUACCUGGUGGCGGUGGGCCUCCACCUCCGCCUAUGAUGGGCGGUAUGGGUCCACCGCCCCCACCAGGAAUGGUACCACUGGUUGGUAUGGCAAGGCCAGAUCUGUUGCCCCACGGAUUGAAGCCAAAGAAGAAAUGGGAGGUGAAGGGUCCACUCAAAAGGGCAAAUUGGAAAAUGAUAGUGCCUCAGAAAAUGACAGAAAAAUCUUUCUGGGUGAAGGCAAAGGAGGAAGAAUUGGCAGAGCCAGAUAUACUAGAUGGGCUGGCUAAAAAAUUCUCGUCUAAACCCACCAAAGCUCCUGAAGAUGUUACAGAUAAAAGCAGUAACUGUGGAACGUUGAAGAAAGUAAAAGAACUGAAGGUACUCGAUGGAAAAUCCGCACAAAAUAUUAGCAUUUUACUUGGAGGAUCACUUAAACAUAUGGCCUAUGAUGAUAUUAAAAAGUCCCUGUUAAGAUGCGAUGAAAGUGUAUUGUCGGAAAACGUUACAGAACAACUCAUUCAGUACUUACCACCUCCAGACCAACUUACUAAGCUACAAAAUCUCAAAGAAAACUAUAGUGAUCUAACUGAACCGGAACAGUUCUGUGUUAAAAUGUCAGAAGUGAAAAGGCUACUACCAAGAUUGAAAUCCCUUAGUUUCAAGCAUCAUUAUGUAGAAAUGGUACAGGAUACUAAACCAGAUAUAGUUGCUGCAACAGCUGCUUGUGAAGAAGUGAAAAAGAGCAAAAAAUUCGCCAAGGUGUUGGAACUGAUAUUACUUAUGGGAAAUUAUAUGAACUCUGGAAGUAAGAAUGCUCAAGCGUUUGGGUUUGAAAUGUCCUUCCUCACGAAGCUCACUUCCACUAAAGAUGUUUCCAAUAAACAGACCCUCCUUCAUUAUAUUGCUGAAACAAUAGAUAGUAAAUGGCCGGAACUCCUCAACUUUUACGAUGAAAUGCCACAUAUAGACCAAGCUAGUCGAGUUUCAUUGGACACUAUUCAAAAGACACUCCAACAGAUGGAUAGUAAUAUAAGAAAUCUGAAAACUGAUUUAACCAAUAAUAGAGUGCCUCAAGGAGACGAUGAUAAGUUUUUGGAAGUUAUGGAGAAAUUUGCGGAGGAUGCCAGAGAGCAAUGUGAUGUGAUGCAAAAAAUGUUGAAAAAGGUGGAAAGCCUAUAUAAUGACCUGUCCGAAUACUAUGCCUUCGAUAAACAAAAAUAUCCUCUUGAAGAGUUUUUCACGGAUUUGAAAACAUUCAAGAAUGCUUUCAUUCAAGCCAAAACGGAUAAUCAGAGGGAGAGAGAGUUAGAAGAGAAAAAAGAGAAGGCCAGACUGGCCAAGUUGAAGCAAGAACAAGAAAAGGAAGAGAGGAAUAAACGAAGGCUGAUAGAUAUGAACCCAUCCGAAACCCAGGAAGGGGUAAUGGACAGUUUGUUGGAAGCCUUAUCAACAGGUAGUGCAUUUGGAAGGGAACAAAAGAAGAGGAGGGGUCAUAGGCCAGCGGGAGCUGAGAGAAGAGCCCAGUUAGUAAGAUCAAGAUCCAGGACCGGUCUCAUAGCAGGCAGGGAAUUAACAAGGGCAACUUCCCUAAAACAUGAUGUCACAUUGUUUGAGUCUGAUUUGGAUGAAAAUGAAUUUGGCUAUUCCACAACUUCGGUGUUUUUCUGAAAUAUCAUCAUGUUUG